GAUGUUGCUGUGCGAGAAUCAGUUAACAUUUCAACUUCAUACGUAAAAGACCAAACGUUUGUUAACAAUAUUUGAGUGAGAGUAUCGCAAGAAGAAAAUCGCUUAAACGAGUUAAAAAAGCAAACAAAAACAAAAAAUUAAGAUGAAAUUUUUGAAAAUUUUAUUUGCGGUUUUAUUUUGUCUUGCAAUUGUCGGAGAUUUCGAAAACUUUUAUACAAAAGCAGCUGCCAUUAAUUGUAAGGAUGACUCAACUCAAACUAUCAACGACACAAAAGCAAAUGAGAAUCCAUCAAGUGAUAAUAAAAAUGUUUCUGAAGUAUCUACAACCAAAGCAGAAUCAGAUACAAGUACAAAAGCACCUGAGGUGGUAACUACCGAUGAGUUCAGUGAGGUCAAACAAUUCUUCCAAACUAUACAGAAAACCAUAGAGAAAACCAAACCGUGGAUGGAGGAAAUUGGCAAAGAGACAAAACGUUUAGAAGUAUCAGUAAAACGUAUUAGUGACGGUUUUAUAGGUACAUUAAACGACUUUGUAGAUAGGCUGAUUGGCAAUAAUGAUGCUGGUAAUAAUGGUGCAGUUUCAUUGUUUAAUGGUUUAUUAGGCGGUACUGGAAGUGGACCGGGUGCAGUUCAUGUUGUGAGCCAAACAACUAGGGUUGUGGAACAUACGAGUGAAUCGCCGAUGACAAACGAAAUUGAAAUCAACAAAUAAUCAUAUAAUAUAUAAAAA